AUGGAAAUCGACAAUACGGUAUGCAAAGAAAAUGCUCAUUGUUGUAUUUCGCACCAUCAUGUAAUUAAUGAGUCUAGUUCCACCACAAAAUUAAGAGUUGUUUUUAAUGCUAGUGCAAAAACUACAUCUGGUGUAUCAUUAAAUGAUACGCUUAUGAAUGGUCCAAAGGUGCAGGACGAUCUUUUCGCUAUUUUAUUGAGGUUUAGAUGUCAUAACAUUGCAAUUACAAGUGAUUUACAAAAAAUGUAUCGCCAGAUAGAGAUUCAUGAUGCAGUUAGAGAUUUUCAAAAAAUUCUGUGGAGGGAUGACCCCACUAAACCAAUUUCGACCUAUAGGUUGUGUACUGUCACGUAUGGUACCGCAUCUGCUUGCUAUUUAGCUACGCGAGUACUUAAACAGCUGGCAAUUGAUGAGGCAGCGAGAUUUCCAAAGGCAGUUGAUCUAAUCAUGCAUAAUUUUUACGUUGAUGACUGCCUGUUUGGCGCUAAAACGCAAGAGGAGGCGAUUGAUCUUAUACAUGAACUGAAUGAUCUCCUUAGAAGAGGACAAUUUAAAUUGCACAAGUGGUGUACUAACAAUUCGUUUGUGUUGGAAAGACUACGCAAAUCAGAAGGCUUGUCCGCAUGUUCUUCUAGUACCGCUGAUUCUAAAUUUAUUAAAGUAUUGGGAUUGAGAUGGAACCCAACGCUCGGCGACUUUACAUUUGUGGAAAUGUCGCUGUUAUCGUGGGAUGAUCCUGUGCCUCCGGAGCUUAAGGAGCGAUGGAUGAACUAUAGCAACGAUAUUUCUCAACUUGAACCUGCAUACGCUGCAGUAAUUUACUUAAAAUCUUCUGAUACGUCCAGUCAUCAAGUUAGCCUGUUGACAUCGAAGACUCGUGUUUCACCAUUGAAAACAAUAUCGAUUCCGCGCCUUGAACUUUGCUCAGCUGUGUUGUUAGUGCAUUUACUACAAAUCGUUCUUUCGUCAUUACAUAUUCAAAUUGAUGCAAUACACGCCUUCACAGAUUCCACAAUCGUUUUAGCAUGGUUAAGAUCUGAGCCGUCACGUUGGCAAAUAUUUGUUACUAACCGGGUUUCUGAAAUACAAGGGAUCCUUCCUAUUCAACACUGGCGCUGGAUUCCUUCAGACCAAAAUCCAGCAGACUGUGCAAGUAGGGGACUUUUACCCUCUGAACUGCUUAAGUUUGAAUUAUGGUGGUCUGGUCCUCAUUGGCUUAGACACGAGAAAAUUCCACAUGUAGAAGUACCAUCGUCAACGGACGCUCUAAAAGAAGGGCGAAAAAAGGCUUCGUGUUUGUAUGGAACAUCGUCUGUUGAUUUUCCAAUAAUUGUUAAAGUCUCAUCAUACACAGUGCGUCCAAUAGAAAAGGUGACUGAUUUAAUACUUGCGGAACUAUUAGCGCUAUCUAUGAAAGAAUGA